AUGGAGGAGGGUGAGGGUGAGGUUCAGCCUGAAGUUGGAACACAAAUGGAGGAGGUUCAGGGUCAUGGUGAUGGUGAACAAGUUGGUAGAGAAAUGGAGGAAGGAGAGGGUGAGGGUCAGGCUGAAGUUGGAACACAAAUGGAGGAGGGUGAGGGUCAAAAUCAUGGUGAACUUGAUGUAGAGGUUGACAAUGAAGUUGCUAAACAUAUUGAAAAUGAAGACGAUGGUGAAGUACAUGAUGUAGAGGAGGAAGAAGUACAUGAUGCAGAGGAGGCUAAUGUACAUGAUUUUGAGCUACAAGAUGUACAAGAAGAUGAGGAUGAGGAUGAGGGUGGACAUGAUGGUGAUGAUGAUGGUGGACAUGUUUCUGGAGAUGAUGCUAAUGAUGAGGAUGAGAAUGUAGAUGAUGGUGAAUAUGAAAAUGUAGAUGACUCUGUUAGUGAAGAAAGUCUAGUUGAUGUUAGGGUUGAGUGUGACAUUGGGACUUCGAAAGGACAACCUUGCAGUCUAGUAGGUGAAUGUUCAAGGAACUCUCAUAAUGAUUCAAUGCAUGAUGUUCAUGGCUUGUCUAACAUUGAGUGGGUGUCAGAUGAGUUGGAUAGUGGUCCAAAUAAUGAGAACGAUGAUGAUUCCAUUCCCAAAACUUUGUUCCCCACAUUUACUAUGCCUAAAAGUUUGGGGGAAUAUAAAUGGGAAGUAUAA